AUGGAGUGCGCUCCGAAAGCGAAACGUGCCAGAACAUCGUCCUCGGUCAAGGAUAUUUGCGAUGGCUCCACUACAACAAUACGCACUGCGCACGGCCAAACGGGAGCAGUAGAUGUCUCUAUUAAGGUACACCAGGGAUCAGCUCUGAGCCCGUUCCUCUUCCUGUUCACGAUGGACGUCAUCACAGAGGAACUCGUGGAUGGACCACUUGAGACCAUCCUCUACGCUAAGGAAGAACUCCAGGACAAUCUCCAGAAAUGGCAGAAAGUGCUGGCGGGAAAUGGACUCCGGCUGAACGUGAAGAAGACCAAGUUCCUCAGCUCCGAGGAGGGCACGGAGUCAAUCACCGACGGUUACGGGGAAGCCAUCGAAAAGGUCCAGGACUUCCGAUACCUGGGAAGUGAUCUAGCCGCUGAUGGUAGCGUGGACCAGGCCGUGAAAUCCCGAAUAAACGCUGCAUGA